AUGGCACCGAAAACAUCGCCGUUCGAUUUAUCGAAAUGCGCACGUCACAAUAUUCUGCAGUUAGAGCCUUAUCGCUGUGCCAGAGAUGACUACAAAGAUGAUGGCACGAACGUUUUGCUCGAUGCUAAUGAGAAUGCCUACGGGCCGGGACUGUCGUUGAAUGCCGCCGGGGCUCUUGAGGAAUCUAUGGUGACUGGACAUGCGACUGAGUCGGCGCAGCCGGAAAUUGAUCUUCUAGGGCUGAAUAGAUACCCUGACCCACACCAGGUAGAUCUUAAACAACUCUUUUGCAAUCUUCGCAACAACAACGUCCACACGCGCAAAGAACUACGUCCGGAAAACCUAUUUGUCGGAGUCGGAUCCGACGAAGCUAUCGAUGCCCUGCUGCGAUGCUUUUGUUAUCCUGGAAAGGACAAGAUCCUUACCUGUCCUCCGACGUAUGGCAUGUAUGGAGUGAGCGCGCAAGUGAACGACCUGGAGAUUGUGAAAGUGCCGCUGGACGUGAACAAUGGGUUCCAGCUGCAGCCGGACAAGGUCAACAAGGCACUCGCUGCGGACCCGUCCAUAAAGAUCGCCUAUAUCUGCUCUCCGGGGAACCCGACGGCAAACCUGAUUCGCAAGGAAGACAUACAGAAGGUUCUGGAGCACCCGACGUGGAAUGGCGUGGUCGUGGUGGAUGAGGCAUAUAUCGACUUUGCCCCCGAAGGCUCCAGUCUCGCACAAUGGGUCACCGAGUGGCCGAAUCUGGUUGUCAUGCAGACCUUGAGCAAGGCCUUUGGCCUAGCCGGUAUCCGCCUCGGAGUUGCGUUCACCAGUGCCCCAAUUGCUAGGCUUCUGAACAGUCUGAAAGCGCCCUACAACAUUUCCAGUCCGACAAGCGCCCUUGCCAAGGCUGCUCUCACACCCAAGAACAUGGCGGUGAUGCACAAGUACCGGGAGCAGAUCAUUACGCAGCGGAACCGUCUCGUCGCUGAGCUUCCCCAGAUCCCGGGGGUCGGCCGGUUCCUUGGCGGAAAGGACGCCAACUUCCUUCUGGUGGAGAUCUUGGACCGGCCAGCGAGUGAAGGGGGGAAGCCUAGCAACAUCACGGCUCUGGCUGCGUACGAGGCGAUGGCAGGGAAACGCGGAGUUGUGGUACGGUUCCGAGGUAAAGAGCUGGGGUGCGAGGGGUGCCUGCGGAUUACCGUGGGAACGGAAGAAGAGGUGACGCGGUUCUUGCAGGAGCUGCAGCGGGUGCUGAGCAGUCUUCACUCGGGGAUUGCGAUACGGAGUGUGAAGGAGGAAGAGGAGAAGGAGCAGGCGGCGAGUAAGGUUGUUGACUAG